UCAUAACAAAGGCCAACAGUUUAUCUAAUUUAGAAGUGCGCAUCCGAAAAAGGGCCAGUCGUAAGCGAGGACGCUAGCCGCGAGAAAGCAAUGCGGUUGCUAGCUGUUCUCUUCGCAGCGUCAGCCUUUGCGGCGGCUGGUUACGCUCAAAUUCCAAGUCGUGUUUUUCCUGCUGACUCUGAGUUACUUUACUCGUAUUUGGGACACAUAAGUGCCGGAACAACAGAACCGCAAGAAUUCCUCUCCCACUUCUCCAUCAAUGGCAAGCUGCGUGUGCAGACUCUUGUCGAAAAGGCCAUAUUUAAGUUGGAAGAUGUAUCGAUCAGUGCUUUCAAUGGUGAGGGUAACAAACACAAGCUGCCAAAGGGAGAGUGGACAUCUACACCGGCGCCUUCAGAUGCCAAUGCCAUUUCCGUGCCAUUUGUGGCCCUUUACGAUAGUGGAAAGAUUACAACCUUGGAGUACGAAACAACUGAUACAGUUUGGUCCAAAAAUCUGAAAAGAGCAAUUGCAUCGCAAUUUCAGAUCGAGUUAAACCAAUUUUCUUCCGAUUUACCAAAAGAAUUCAUUUCUGACGAACUGGGAAUCUCAGGCGAGUGCAAAGUUGAAAAUAUUUUCACUCAAGGGGAAGAAACUGGUACGAUAUUACUGAGAAAAUCGCAGGAUGCCACACGCUGCAAAGGAAAAAAGUUCCUUUAUGACAACCUCUCACGUACUAAGUGCAAGUCUGACGCUAAGAGCCCAAUUUCUACGUCAACGGAAAGAACCUACGUCCUUCACGUUAAAGAUGCUGGUGUCGAAAUAAAAAAGAUCAGGUCGAGGAGUGUCACUUCCUUUCAACCUCUAUGGAUCAAGGGAGAGUUGCAGUACAUUUUUGUUAACCAGACAAUUGAAGAAAAAAGCGCGGGACCAAUUUCAAACCCAAUUGAAGUAGGAGACACCACACCAUCUACUUUAGCAUUCGAAUUCCAGGAGUCUAUAUCUGGAUCAGGACCAGACUUAACCUUUGAAAGACAUACUAUGACGUCUGAUAUGCUAGUAAAACUGGCUGAGAAAAGUCUGGUAAAAACAGCCGACCACCUAAACAAAGAUCCGGAAGAGAAUGUAGAUAGCUUACACGACAAAAGCCCAUUUCACCUGCUGGCAUUCAUGCAACACCUUGACUACGAUGGCCUUAAAAAGCUUAAAGACUUUGCUAUGCUUGGAACGAGCUACAAAGAUGACAGCAUUAAGCAGCUAUUUGUGUCUUACCUAUCAAAGGUGGGGACUCGCGCGUCAGUGCUGCUAAUUCGAGAUCUUGUGCUUGGACACGAACUGGACGACAAACAGACCAUGAAGUUGUUAAUUGACUUGCCAUUUCAUCUGAGAUUUCCCAAUGCCACUCUGCUGAAGGAGUUCAAUGAAUUCCUAAACCUGGAUGCUAAUCUUUUUGAAAACCAUGAGAUCCGGAAGACAGCAAUACUUACAUUCGCCUCAAUGGUAGGCAAAGUGUGUCAGAGCGGUGUUUGUCCGCCAGCUAUACUCGAUGAAUAUGUCAAGAUAUUAUAUGAUCGCCUUAGAGACGCUACCGAUUACGGGGAUCAAAUGAUGUACGUGCAGGCGAUGGGCAACGUCAGGAUAGGUCCGGUAACCUCUUAUUUGGAGCCAAUAAUCACUGGCAAACUUAACUUCAGUCGACAAUUGCGGUAUUUAGCCAUCUGGGCGGCAUCAGAUGAGCUGAUUGACGGAAACCCCGAAAAAGUGCGUGAAAUCUUUUGGCCUAUUCUGGCAAACAGACAAAACGAGCUGGAGCUGCGCAGCGCAGCGCUGACGAUGCUUCUGAGAUCAGAACCCACAACUCAGCGUUUUAUGAAUAUACUGUGGUUCAUGGUGUCUGACCCCAGCCAUCAACUGUACAAAUUCUUCUACACUACACUAUUUUCCUUUUCCAACACAAAGUUCCCAUGCUACUCAAAACUAGCGGCGGCAGCACAACAGAUUCAGAGAAUGGCUCCAAAACCCCAACAUCAUGCUUCUGCUCUAACAACUAGCAACGAAAUAAUAGACUUUGUUGAUCCAGAUUACGAAAUUGGGCACAUGUAUCAACUGACUUUGAUCGGAAGCGAGCGAAGCGACAAUGCAGAUAUAACAUACCUUCACGCAGAUAUGCACGUGCAGGGCCAGGUCUAUAAUUCCUACUCGAUUUUUCUCAGGACAGAAGGUUCUAGUGAAAUCGCUGCAAAUAAAAUUUUCAAUACAGACCAAAGUGGCGAAACAGAUAUUGCAAAAGCUCUGCAAGCGCUCUUUGACAAAAUCAAGGUGCGACGCCGUAAAGCCGACCCUCCCCACAUUGAGAUUAUUAUCAAAGUUCAGGGCCGCACAAUCCUCAGCGUAUACAUGAAUGAGACUGAUAUUGGACGGUUUGCUUCUGUUUUCGAUAAACUACGCACGUCAACCCCGCUGUCGCAGCACAUUAACUACCAGACCCUGGAGCAAGCUGCCUUUUUUGAGUCAAUCUUCCCCUCGGACAUAGGCACAGCCAUUCUAAUUGGAACAACCACUCUGCCUUUGAUGGACAUAAAGGGCAACCUCACCUACAACUUCAAACCGCCAGUAGUAGCCGUUAAUGUCUCGCUCGACACCAGAUUUUACGUGCGACGAGGAUUUGGUCUGCGCGUAUUUAACCCAAUAAGUGCACUAUGGCAUGGCGUACACCGUCCCAGUGUUCAGAUACUGUCGAUGCCAUUGGACUUUGGUAUCUCGUUUGAUGUUGCACAGAAGACAUUUAAGGCGCGGCUCGGAUGGACCAAGGGCAGGCAUCUUUUCGAUUGGAUAAGUCACGGCCGCACCAGUGUCUACGCCGCUGGCUCAGCUAGUCACCUUAAGGAUUCGCUGUCAAUUUCAUGCCCCAAUUGCACUUAUUUUACAAAAGUGCGCGACCUUGACAAACUUGAUGAGAACAAGCAAAUCGAAUCCAACCUUUUCGACUCGGGAAUCGACGCCCGUUUUUCCAGUUUUGACUGCGACAAGCGGCCCAACGACGCGGCACCUUUUGUCAAGUCAUUAUUUCUUCAGCGGUUUUCAAACUAUGGAUUUCCCGAUGAAUGGGGCAAUUAUCUGACAGUGAUUGCUUUGCGAUGGGAAAUGUUGGCAGCGGUACAGCCCUUACUGAAGAGCUGUGGGCAUAGAUUCAGCUUGACGCCGAGCACUGACUCAAGCGGUGUGCAAUUGGUCUUCAAAACCGAGAGUGUCAAGGAGCACAAACGACUUUACCGUAUAUUGCUCAGCAUCAUUGGAAAUAGCAACCAACCAGAGAGGUCUUGGGAUGCCAACCUUAUAACCGAAGGCAACGAGCAGGAGACCAGAUUAGGAGUCAUGCUAAAAAUUGUUGCCAGAUCCCCUAAUAGAGAAGCCAAAGAGGAAGAUCCUUCUGAUGACGGUUCUCGAGUAAUGAAAAUGCUCCGGCGAUUUGAGAAUAAACAAAAUUCAGAAUCUACAUUUGUGACGUGCAUCAAAGCAGAGAACACGUACCCUGAGCGCGGCCCUGAGACAUACUGGGACCAACUGGGACAACCGUUUGAAUCGCGCCAGACGAAGCACCACAUGGCGGUCGAGUUCCAUUAUUCAGACGACGGCAAGUGCCCCAUGGGAAAGGAAGUGCCCCGUUUUGAAAUCACAGCGACCACCGACCACCAAGGUCUCCAAGAUGACAUCUGGCCCUUCUCGACUUGCCUGGAACAGCGCCAGAAGCAGCAAUACCGCGAUUCUAAGGGCAAUCUCCUUUUCCCAGCUACCUUCGCCUGCGCAACAUGCUCUUGGGCGCCGCGCCCAAGGAACGUCUCCAUGACCUUUACCGCCAGAAACAUUCCACAUUUAGAUGCACUGGGAGAAAGUCAGUUGGGAAAAUUUAUUACAAAAGAAGGCAACGAUUACAGCAUUGGAGUCGACAUGGUGCACGCACUUGAUGGUGAAUCUGUAGCUUUCCAAAUCAGGGCUUCAGAACUGGAGCCAUUGAAAGUGCCGCUUCUCGUAAAGGGGGCCCCCUACAUUAUUUCAGAAAAUCUAGCCAACUACCCUAGCGUGGACAACCUAAAGAUGGCCAUGGACCUAAUUCACCCGUGCCUUGUGGCUGGCGGCAAGGUGCUGACCUUUGACAACUCAAGCCUCCCUUUUGAACCGCAACCUGAUUUCACGCUAAUAUCUGCCGUUUGCACAGCAAACUCUCCGUUUGCUUUGUUCGCCAAAAAGACAGAAGGCGCUGACGCUUUGACUCUAAGAGUGUUUGUGGGUGAAAUCGAGAUCAAUGUGGUACCGAGCGACGGCAAAAAGUCAAUUGUGACUUACAACGAAGGCGUACAGGCAAAAGACUUGAAGGCGUUGGGAAUAACCGUAACCCAAAAAGAGAAGGGCAAGGUGGACAUCCGGUAUGAGGACUUCUACGUCCGUAACACCGACAUUAAUUUGGGAUUGCUGGUGCCCGAAGAAUAUGAGAAAUACUACUGCGGAGUGUGCGGCGAUAGUAACAAAGUACCUGAGUACACGCAAGCUCCAGGACCGCAAGGAAAUAAAAUCCCAGUGGAACAAAUCGUCAAUGCCUAUACAAUCCGCAACUAACGGGCAAAAAGCUACAAUCUGUAGAAGGAAAAUUUAUAGAUGGGAUCACUACAUAACAUUUAAUGCUGUAUAUCUCAAUCUCACACUUUAUUGUAGUGAAUAAAUUUUUCAUGGCAUUUUA